AUGCAGCUCCUCCACCAAGGCCUCCUCUGCUUGACCGCCUUCCUUGCGUCCACCAAUGUCCUGUCCAACGGCGCUCGUGGCGUGCAGGGUGUCGCAGGGCAGUAUCUUCUCGGUUUAGGUAUCGGCGACAUUACUGGACCUGUCGUAGAGACCAACAUGAUGGGAUACGCCAGCCUUGCGCAGACUGACACAGGCCUCCAUUUACGCCAGCGCAGCCGCGCCUGGAUCGUGGCCGACGCGAACAACGACACCAAUCGCGUCGUCUUCAUCAAUGCCGACAUCGCGAUGGGCGACACCGGCGUUCGCCGCUCGAUCGUCGCUGCCCUGUCCGCCGAGUUCCCCGAGUACUACAACAACGCGAACAUCGCGCUUGUCUCGACACACCAGCAUUCCGGCGUUGGGGGUUACCUCGAGAACCUCCUCCCUCAGGUUACUGCGCUUGGGUAUGUCAAGCAAGCUGCGGACGCGAUUGUCAACGGGACAGUCCUUGCUGUCCGGCGCGCCCAUGAGAGCUUGAAGCCGGGAAGCUUGAGCUUGGGGAACACGACGGUGGUGGACGGCAAUCGGAACAGGAGCCCGAGCGCGUAUUUGGCGAACCCGGCAGAGGAGAGGGCGAGGUACGAUUAUGACCAGGACAAGGACCUGACGCUGCUGCGGUUCGAUGACGAGAGCGGGAACGCGAGAGGGUUCUUGAGCUUCUUUGCGGUGCACGGGACGAGUCUAUAUGAGAACAACACGUUGGUGAGCAGCGACAACAAGGGCAUGGCGGCGUACCUGUACGAGCAUCUGGUCGAGCCGGACUCCAUGCCCGGAAACAACACGUUCGUCGCUGGAUUCACGCAGUCAAACGUCGGGGACACCAGUCCGAACACGCUCGGGGCUUACUGCGAGUCUCCCGGUGAAGCUUGGGACGGCCAGCUGUGCGAAUUCGAGCACUCUACCUGUGGUAACAAGACCGAGGACUGUCACGGCCGCGGGCCAGGGUUCCGCACCUCGGACUUUGAGUCAAACAGAAUCAUCGCGCAGCUACAAGUUGACGGCGCGCAGACGUUGAUGGGCCAGACCCUUGCGCCGGUGACGGGGGCGGUCAAGUACGUGCACACGUACCUGAACAUGUCAUACCGCCAGUUCGAGCUCCCGAACGGGACGACGGUGCAGACGUGCCCGCCUGCUAUGGGAUACUCGUUCGCUGGUGGGACUACCGAUGGCCCGGGAGCGUUCGACUUCAUCCAAGGGGACAACUCAUCGAACCCGCAAAACCCGUUCUGGGAGCUCGUCAAAGGCGCGGUAACGCCCCUCCCGCCCCAAGAGCAAAUUGACUGCCAGUUCCCGAAACCGAUCCUGCUCGACACCGGGUACGCGCACACGCCCUACGACUGGUCGCCGAACACGGUCGACAUCCAGAUGCUCCGGGUCGGCAACCUCGUCAUGCUGAUCAUGCCUGGGGAACUCACGACCAUGGCUGGCCGCCGCAUGCGCGAGGCGCUCCGCACGAAGCUCAUCUCGGAGGGCGUGCUGGGCGAUGAUGCUUACGUCGUUAUCGCCGGCCCGGCGAACACGUACGCGCAUUACGUGACGACCCCGGAGGAGUACGCCGUGCAGCGGUACGAGGGGGCGUCGACGAUCUUCGGGCAGUGGACGCUCAACUCGUACAUCGACAAGUACGGGAGCCUGGUCGGGUACCUUGCGGACAACGCGACCGGAGAGCAGCCGCCGUCGGACCCGGCGCCGCCGGACUUGUCAGGCAAGGCGAUCUCGCUGCAGACGGGGGUCGUGUUUGAUUUUGCGGGGAUCGGGAAGGCGUUUGGGGACGUGUUGACGGAUGUGAGGAACGCGAGUGCGCCGUACAGCGCCGGCGAGGCUGUGAUUGCGACUUUCGUCGGCGCCAACCCAAGGAACAACCUCCGCCUCGAGCAGACGUUCCUUUCCGUGGACCAGUUCGUGGACGAUCAGUGGAAGUCUGUCCGCUCCGACUCACAUCCGUCGACGACCUAUCAGUGGACCAGGACGGACACCGUUCUUGGUACCAGUACGGUCAACAUCACUUGGGUCAUUGAGGACGGAACACCUGCCGGAACGUACCGCUUGACGUACUUUGGUGACUACAAGCCUGUCAUUGGCAGCAUCACGCCGUUCGUGGGCCAUUCCUCGAACUUCACGAUCUCUGCAUGA